UAUUAGGAAAAUGUAUUUUACAAAAACUUUGUGGGUGUGUGUUGAAUAAUGGAGAGGCGUUAAGUAGCCUAGUUCCCACCCUUACAAGCCCCCAAUCUCCAAAAACCCUCACCCAUUCUCACCAAUCCACCCACACACCAAAAAUGGCCGCUACAAUCGUCCGAUCAAUCUCCGCCGUCCGAUUAUCCGGCGCCGCCUCCUCCAGACGCCUUUUCUCUUCCACUAUCUCCAGCCCCCCGCCGCUCCCCGGGCUCUCCCGGCCCCGCAUUUCUACCCUCCGCUUCGCCGUGCCCGCAAUUUCUCACUCGCUCCGCGUCUUUUCCCCCAAUAGUGUUCGUGUCAACCCGGUCAGGUGCCGGGUUAACAGGUCCGGUUCGGCCUACUCGCCGCUCAACUCCGGGUCGAACUUCAACGACCGACCGCCCACGGAGAUGGCCCCGCUCUUCCCCGGCUGCGAUUACGAGCACUGGCUGAUCGUGAUGGACAAACCUGGGGGCGAAGGGGCCACGAAGCAACAGAUGAUUGAUUGCUACAUUCAAACCCUAGCUAAAGUCCUCGGAAGUGAGGAGGAGGCAAAGAAGAAAAUAUAUAAUAUCUCUUGUGAGAGGUACUUUGGCUUUGGCUGUGAGAUUGAUGAGGAGACUUCUAAUAAGCUUGAAGGUUUGCCUGGUGUUUUGUUCGUUCUUCCAGAUUCAUAUGUUGAUGCUGAAAACAAAGACUAUGGAGCCGAGUUGUUUGUAAAUGGAGAGAUAGUUCAACGAUCCCCAGAGAGACAGAGGAGAGUGGAGCCAGUGCCUCAAAGAGCUCAAGACAGACCGAGAUACAAUGAUCGAACGCGUUAUGUCAGGCGUCGUGAGAACAUGAGGUAAGCAGUGGUCGGUGCUGAAUGGGAGACCGGAUGUCUGACCUAAAGGGUUACUUUGUCCAGAUUUUGUGUUUUGAUAUUAGGACUACGCUGGAUCAUAAUGGGCUAAUAAGCUAUGCCAAAUUGAAAUGUAUCACGACACCGAUGAUUGAGUUCUAAAUGAUAUGAUGGUUGCUGUAGGGAUUGUUCUUUAUGGUGUAAUGAACUUAUCUGCCCCUCAUCACCAGUAUUUAUGUAUCAAAAUAUAUUUCUUAUUAUUUAAAUGAAAGGACAGGCAUUAUGUCU